AUGGUUACUUCGUAUGAAUCUGAAACUAACAAAUUUGUAGUUGCCAAUGUGCUUAGCAGCACUGGCAGCAAGGUUUUUGCUAUUCAACCAGCAUUGGCAGUCAAAUCCAAAUUCAGUGAAGAUCUAGAAAAGAAGGUAUCUGAUUUGACUGUUUUAAGAGUUAAUAAUGACCCGUUUCAGACUGUUGUUGAUUACUUAGAAAGCCAACAGAGUUCAGAUGUGGUCUCUGUCACUUCUUCAUUGACCGGUUUAUUCAAGUCCUUACCACAUUUGACCACUUUAAAGAAGUCUCCAGUUACAGUUCACGUGGAUGUCAGCACAGAAUCUGAUUAUGGACUCAUUGCUGCAUUAAGGCAUUCCGGUUUUGUGUUCUUACAAUCCUUUGGACCAGCUGAAGCACAACAGACUGCAUUGAUCUCACAUCUCAUCGCUCAAAAGCUGAGUUUACCUGUUGUUCACUUCUUCUACUCUAACGAUGAUGAAGAAAAGGUUCGUUUAUUGACUGGUGCCGAAAUUCAAAAGGCCAGUAGUAACACCUCGUUCCAACCCACCCAACAAGAACAAGCUGAGGAGACCACUGAAACUGAUGAGAACUCUGCUGCCCCCACUGCCAUUACUCAAGCUGAUAUCUCCUCCACUAUUGAAGAAGCAUUUAAAUUCACAAAAACCUCUUACAAACCAUUUGAAUAUAUUGGUAGUAGCAAAGCAACUUCUGCCAUUGUUCUGUUCGCUGCUAAUGCUGAUCCAUUUGUUCAAGCUAUCAAUCAAGAUGCUAACCUCGGUGUUGUAUUGAUCAGAGUUUACAGACCAUGGUCUUCUGAGGAUCUUAUUGGUACCCUGCCAUCUUCUGUCAAGAGAGUGGGUUUGGUCGAGCAAAUUCAAAAGCAAACAACUGCUUGGAGCCCUCUCUUCCAGGACUUUGUCUCUGACGGAGUUGAAAAGCUUUCUAGAUUCGACCAUUUGGUUUCUUUCCAAUUGGGAGGUGUCAACUAUGAUAACGUCCGUACCGUUCUGAAGUCGAUUUCUAGUAACCUCAAUGCUGAGGUCCCCAUUCAAAAAUUAUUUGUCGGAUCCAAGCCAGAGAGUAAUGAUAUAACAUAUGAUGCCGAACUUAAAGAGGCUCAAACUGCUGCCAAGAAACUUGAGGAGGCUUAUACUAAUGUUCUUCAUCAACUCUUCCCCUCUAGUCUUGAUAUUAUCAAUGCUUCUGAUAAGCCUAAUGCUGGUUUAGAAGCUAACCCUGAAUAUGGUUUCGGUGCUUAUCUUGCUAAAGUCCAACAAAAGGAAGAGUUGGUCUCAAAGGCUCGGGCUGCUAUCAAAUCUAACGAUUUCACCUCGCCUCUUAAGCAAGAACUCCAAACUUUGUUAUCGCAGUGGAUUGUCGCUAAUACUUCUGGUAAAUCUAACCAAUCAGUUGACGCUGACAAGCUCAUUGAGCUUCUUUCCAAAGAUGGUUCGAGCGCUGCUAAGCAACUUUUGGAAAGUAAGCAAUAUUUCAAGGAAUCAAGCUCCUGGCUCAUUGGAUCUGAUGCUUGGUCAUAUGAUUUGGGCAGUUCUGGUGUUCAUCAUGUCAUCUCUUCUGGCAAGAACAUCAACAUGCUUGUUAUUGACUCCCAGCCAUUUUCUGAGGUUAAGGCCAAUGCUCUUCGUAAGAAGGAUAUCGGUUUGUAUGCCAUGAACUUUGGUAAUGUGUACGUUGCUUCUGUUGCCGUCUAUGCCUCUUACACUCAACUUCUACAAGCAUUGAUUGAAGCUGAGAAGUUUGAUGGUCCCUCUGUUGUGGUUGCCUACCUUCCCUACUAUUCUGAGCACGAGAAUGCUUUGCAGGUCUUGCAAGAAACGAAAAAGGCUGUUGAGACUGGUUAUUGGCCCCUUUACAGAUACGAUCCUACCCUUGAGUCAGAGUCAUUUAAACUCGACUCUUUCCAAAUCAGAAAGAGCCUUCAAGAUUUCUUGGACAGAGAAAACAAGCUUACUUUGUUGAGUAAACGUCACCCUACUUUUGCACGAUCUCUCCAAUCUUCUUAUGGAGCUGAUAUCAAAGCCAGCCAAAAGAAGCGUGCUCAAGCUGCUCUCGCCAGUCUCUUGGAGGGUUUGAGUGGCCCUCCUUUGACCGUUCUGUUUGCUUCUGAUGGUGGUGUUGCUGAGAGCGUUGCCAAGCGAUUACAAAGACGUGCAAAGGGUCGUGGUCUCAAAUCAAUUGUGAUGUCGUUUGAUGACUACCCAGUAGAAGAAAUUAGUAACGAGGAGAAUGUCGUAUUUGUUACCUCCACUGCUGGACAGGGUGAACUUCCACAAAAUGGUAGAGCUUUCUGGGACGCUGUCAAGAAUGCCACUGAUAUUGAUCUUGCAAAUGUGAACUUUGGUGUAUUUGGUUUGGGUGACAGCCACUACUGGCCGCGUAAGGAAGACAAGAUUUAUUACAACAAACCAGCCAAGGAUCUUUACAACCGUUUAACUAUUUUGGGUGGUAAAGAACUUGUUCCUUUGGGACUAGGAGAUGACCAAGAUGCUGAUGGUUAUUCUACUGCUUAUAACGAAUGGGAGCCUUUGCUUUGGAAGGCGCUUGGUGUUGACGGUGUUGCUGGCGCUGAUGAACCUCCACCAAUCACCAAUGAAGAUAUCAAGAUUGGUUCAAACUUCUUGCGUGGUACUAUUGCCGAGGGUCUUCAGGAUAAGAGUACUGGAGCUAUUGCUGCCAAUGACCAACAAUUGACCAAGUUCCACGGUAUUUACAUGCAAGAUGACCGUGACAUUCGUGACGAGAGAAAAGCCGCUGGUCUCGAGCCUGCAUUUUCUUUCAUGGUGCGUGUUCGUUUGCCAGGAUGUGUGGCAUCUCCUGCUCAAUGGCUCAAGAUUGAUGAGCUUUCGGAUAAGAGAGGUAAUGGCACUUUUAAGAUCACAACUCGUGGUACAUUCCAAUUGCACGGUGUUAUCAAGGAGAAUCUGAAACCUGCUAUUCGUGGUAUUAACUCUUCUCUGAUUGAUACUGUUGCUGCUUGUGGUGAUGUUAACCGUAACGUUGUUACUGCCGCCCUCCCUGGUAAUGCUAAGAUUCACGACGAAAUCGUCAAGAUUGGUACUGAAAUCAGUGAGCACUUGCUUCCUGAAACUACUGCUUAUCAUGAAAUCUGGCUCGAGGGUGAAGAUGAGGGUGAUGGUUCUGACUACACCAAGACUUUUGCUGAGAGAAAAACUGGUCCCAAAAAGAAGAAGACUCUAGUUUCUGCCGGAACUUUGGUCGAUUAUGAGCCACUUUACGGACCCACUUACUUGCCAAGAAAGUUCAAGAUCAAUAUCGCAGUUCCUCCUUAUAACGAUGUUGAUGUAUAUGGCCAUGAUAUCGGCCUCAUUGCCAUUGUUGAAGAUAAUGAGGUGGUUGGUUUCAACGUUCUUGCCGGUGGUGGUAUGGGUGUCACCCACAACAAUAAGAAGACUUAUCCUAGAACUGGUAGUUUGCUUGGUUACGUUGAGAAGGCGAACAUUGUUAAUGUUUGUGAAAAGGUUAUGCUUGUUCAAAGAGACAAUGGUGACAGAGGUAACAGAAAGCAUGCUCGUCUCAAGUACACUGUUGAUGACUUGGGUGUUGAUACUUUCCGAUCCAAGGUUGAGAAGUUGCUUGGAUAUAAGUUUGAGCCCGGCAGAGAUAUUCAUUUCGACUCUAAUACCGAUACUUUCGGUUGGGUUACUGACGAAACUGGCAAGCACCAUUUCACCACUUUUGUUGAGAACGGACGUGUCGAGGAUACUCCCGAGCUUCAAUUCAAGACUGGUUUGCGUGAAGUUGCCAAGAUCAUGAAGGGUGAUAAUGAGUUCAGACUCACUGCCAAUCAACACAUUCUUAUCAGCAAUAUUUCUGAUGAUCAGCUUGAUCAGUUUAAGGAGUUAUUGGCCAAGUACAAGCUUGAUAACGUCACUUUCUCUGGACUUCGUUUGUCGUCUGCUGCUUGUGUCGCCUUCCCUACAUGUGGUCUUGCAAUGGCUGAAUCUGAGAGAUACUUGCCAGUUCUUGUCACCAAACUUGAGGAAGCUUUGGAGGAGUAUGGUCUGCGUCACGAUAGCAUUGUUCUUCGUAUGACUGGUUGUCCUAAUGGAUGUGCUAGACCAUGGUUGGCUGAAGUUGCUCUCGUUGGUAAGGCCUACGAUACUUAUAACUUGCUGCUCGGAGGUGGUUUCCACGGCCAGAGAAUCAAUAAACUUUACCGAAGUUCUAUCAAGGAGGACGAGAUUCUUGCAAUUCUGAAGCCUUUGUUCAAGAGAUGGGCUCUUGAGAGGAACGAUGGUGAGCACUUUGGUGACUUUUUAAUAAGAGUAGGUGUUAUUGCCGAGACCACUGAAGGAAAGAAUUUCUGGGAUAAUGUCCCUGAAGAGGCUUGA